AUGAGAUUAGCUGCCUAUGCUGGGGCCUCAGUGGCUCUGGCGACGGGCGUUGUCAUGAAAGCGCUUCAUCAGAGGGCGAAUUUCUAUUCUGCUUGUGUGUAUCUUUCGCAGAGCAGUGCAAAUCUCAUGAUUCUGACCAAUGUAUGUCUUUUGGCUGUUGGAUUUCUCCUAUUCUGGCUUCAGCGCCUCCUUUACGGACCCCUACGUCCCAUCGAAACCGAGCAACUUUAUGAAAAGGCGUGGUUUGCCGUAACGGAAACAUGUUUGGCCAUGACAAUUUUUCGGGGAGAGCUGGGGGCCUGGUUCCUGGUCAUGUUUGUGUCUCUACUUGUCGGAAAGGUUUGGGGAUGGAUCGGGGAAGGCCGCGUGGAGUUCUUGGAACAGCAACCUCCCGCAAACCCCGUCCUGUUUCAUGCGAGGCUGGCAAUCUCUUUGUUGUUAUCUGUCCUGUUCAACACAUUCAUGCUGAAAUACUGCACCGAAACCGUUCUUGAACAAGCGCGCCCAGACAUGAUGGUUAUGUUUGGCUUCGAAUUCGCCGUCUUGACCAUUCUCUCAACAUCGACCGCCGUCAGGUAUACAAUCUCGCUGGUCGAAAUCUUUGUCAACCGCCAACAGAUGAACGCCCGAGUCGAGGAACGCCGCCAGGAAAUCAGGGCUGCUCGCGCCCGGGCCGAAGCUGAGCAAGCGGAGAGUGGAGAUCAGACUACACCUCCCGAUUUGCCUGAUGAGAAUGACAUCAAUGAGAUGGAACUCGAUAUUCCAGGAUGGGAAGAGAAAGGGCGCUGGGUUUUCUAUCUCGACCUCCUCACCGACUUCCUGAAGCUGACGGUGUACCUUACUUUUUUCGCCAUCCUUUUCACUUUCUACGGGCUACCCAUCCAUAUCCUGCGGGAUGUGGUGGUAACAAUCCGCUCCUUUGCUCGUCGGAUUAUGGACUUCGUCCGAUACCGCAAUGCUACACGCGAUAUGAACGAUAGGUACCCCGAUGCUACUGCUGAAGAGGUCGCAAGAGAAGAGGUAUGCAUCAUUUGUCGUGAGGAGAUGAACCAUUGGCAAAACCAACCCGGAGAAAGAGCGGCGACUCGCGUCUCCGAGAGAUUACGGCCUAAGAAACUCCCCUGUGGCCACAUUCUACAUUUCUCUUGCCUUAGAAGCUGGCUAGAAAGGCAGCAGAAUUGCCCGACAUGUCGACGACCGGUCAUCGCUCCACCUCGAACCCAAGGAGCCGCUGCGAAUAACCCGGAAGAGGCGAACGCCGGUGCGGGGCAACAGCAGAACGCAAUUCCUGGGAACCAGCCGUUCGGGAGGAACGGUGCGGCUGAAGGUCUUCCCAGGGCCCGUAUAUACCAAUUUGGCCCGUUCAGAAUAGGGUUCGGCGCCGGAAGAGGGGACCUUUUCAACAACUUGCAUCAACAGAUCCACCAGGGCAAUGCUCCAUGGCCGCAGGCAAACGAUCCUAACCCCGCUGGAGCGAGACAAAUUGGCUUCGGUUUUGGGUUCGGACGACCUCCGCCGCCACAGCCAGCGCCUGUCGCUGUUCAACCGCCGCCAACACCUACCUCGAAUGUGUUGAACAUGCAGAGCCAUAUACUACAGUUGGAGCAACAAAUUAUGACUGAGAUCAAUAGUCUUAGGGUCACAGCAGAUCAGCUGAACUUGGUCAGGCUGCUCCAGACAGAGCUUCAACGCCUCCGCACUUUGCAGCUUCAACCACCAGAUGUCCAGAAUACCAUGCUACAAACUCCUCCUGUGCCUUCAAAUCCACUAUCCUCUACAUCACCUACCACCGUACGCCAUCAGUUCGUUUCCGACCCAGGAGCACCUUCCUUGGAAGCUGGAGACUCCCGCCUUCCCGAAGGGUUGACACUUCCCCAAGGCUGGACUCUGGUCCCACUGCACUCCGCACAACAGGGUCUAAGUGGACCACUCAGUGGCACUGUUACGAGCCCUGUUUUUCCUACAUCUGGGAACACCUCGAAUACACAAGUACCCACGGAGACCGUGACAGAAGAGCUGAGUAGUACCAUCGACACCGCGACGUCGCCCUCUCCUCGCCUCCCUGGAUUACCAAAUUGGCAAUCAGGAUCUAACUCGCUUACAUCUGACGCCAAUGUCGAGUCCCUCUCUCAACAAUGGACGGAUUUGAGUGCAGAGACCGAAACAGCGAGGAAAUCGGCUCCUUCGAGUAGCGACCAGGUUGAGAGUCAAAGCCAGCAAACCGGUGACUUCACGACAGACAACGAGGCGUCGGAAUCUCCGUCCAAGGGAAAAGCCCGAAUGGCAACGGUUGAAGAUGUGGCAGACGAUGAGACAUGA